AUCCCCCAGUUCCUCCUGGACGACUGCAGCAAGAACGGGAUCCCCUGCCGGAUCUUCUGCACGCAGCCCCGUCGCCUGGCGGCCAUCGCCGUGGCCGAGCGUGUCGCGGCCGAGAGAGGGGAGAACGUCGGCCAGACCAUCGGCUACCAGAUCCGCUUAGAGAGCAGAGUGUCCCCCAAGACGCUGCUGACCUUCUGCACCAGCGGCGUCCUGCUGCGCACGCUGAUGGCGGGAGACGCCACCCUGUCGACCGUUACUCACGUCAUCGUGGAUGAGGUCCACGAGAGGGACGGCCUGAGCGACUUCCUCCUGACGAAGCUGAAGGACAUGCUGCAGAAGCUGCCGUCUCUGAAGCUGAUCCUGUCCAGCGCGGCCCUCGACGUCGACCUCUUUGUCAGAUAUUUCGGCUCCUGUCCUGUCAUUCACAUUAAAGGGAGACCUUUUGAAGUGAAAGAACUCUUUCUGGAAGAUAUCUUACGGACGACUGGAUACUCCAAUAAAGACAUGAUCAGAUACAGAAAGGAGAUGCAGAAAGAGGAGAAGCAGCAGACCUCUCUCACGGAAUGGUGCAGAGUGCGGGACAGCGGCUCCUGGAAGGAGCCCCAGAGGGACAGGACAGCUGUCCGGGCCCUCCAGGAGAACGACCUGCUGGACGACACAGCCGACAGCGUUUUCAACCAGCUGACUGAAAAAGAUGUGGCCUCGCUGGACCCAUGGUUACUGAAGGAAAUGGACGCCUGUAUCUCUGACAUCUUCCUCAACCAAGAUGCCGACGCGUUCGUCCAACUGUUCAAUCUCAUCCUGAGUGAGAAUGUCAGUGUUGAUUACAGGCAUAGUGAGACCAGCGCCACUCCGCUGAUGGUAGCAGCAGGAAGAGGCUUCCUGAGUCAGAUCGAGCAGCUCUUGAGCAUGGGCGCCAAUGUGAAUCUGAAGGCCUCCAACGGCUGGACUGCGCUGGACUGGGCCAAGCACUUUAACCAGACUGAGGUGGUGGACCUCCUAGAAUCCUACAUCUCUUCCUUGGAGUCUGGCAAGCUGGACGAGUCUUCCCUGGUCCAGGCGGCCACCACAGAGCUUAGUGCCGAGGACCAGGAGCUGCUCAAGGUUUACCACCACAGCUUCGACGAUGAGAAGGUGGACCUGGAUCUCAUCAUGCACCUUCUCUACAACAUCUGCCAGAGCUCUGAUGAGGGCGCAGUGCUGAUCUUCUUGCCUGGAUACGAUGAGAUAGUAGGGCUUCGAGACCGCAUACUGUAUGAUGAUAAGCGGUUUUCGGACCAUUCUCAAAGGUACCAGGUGUUCACGCUCCACUCCAACAUGCAGACCUCGGAUCAGAAGAAAGUUCUGAAAAACCCAUCAGCUGGAGUCCGUAAAAUAAUUCUCUCCACCAACAUCGCAGAGACCAGCAUCACUGUGAACGACGUGGUCUUCGUCAUCGACGCUGGCAAAGUAAAAGAGAAGUCCUUUGAUGCUCUGAACCACGUGACGAUGCUGAAGAUGGUUUGGAUAUCAAAGGCAAGCGCGCUACAGAGAAAAGGAAGAGCUGGGCGCUGCAGGCCAGGAAUUUGUUUCCACCUUUUCAGCAGACUGAGGUUCAACAACAUGCUGGAGUACCAGGUCCCUCAGCUGCUGCGCAUGCCUCUUCAGGAACUUUGCCUUCACACCAAGCUGCUGGCCCCCAUCACAUGCCCCAUCGCUGAGUUUCUUUCCAAAGCUCCGGAGCCCCCGCCCAUACUCAUUGUCAAAAACGCUGUGCAGAUGCUCAAGACCAUCGACGCCAUGGACCAGUGGGAGGAUCUGACGGAGCUGGGCUACCACCUGGCUGACCUGCCCAUGGAGCCCCACCUGGGGAAGAUGGUGCUGUGCGCCGUGGUGCUGAAGUGCCUGGACCCCAUCCUGACCAUCGCCUGCACGCUGGCGCACCGCGAGCCCUUCAUCCUGCCCGUCCAGCCCUCCCAGAAGCGCACCGCCUUGCUCUGCAGGAAGCGCUUCGCCGCCGGCACCUUCAGCGACCACAUGGCCCUGCUCAGGGCCUUCCAGGCGUGGCAGAAGGCGCGUGGCGAUGGCUGGGAGAGGGCCUUCUGUGAGAAGAACUUCCUGUCCCAGGCCACCAUGGAGAUCAUCAUAGGAAUGAGGACCCAGCUACUGGGACAGCUCCGAGCCAUAGGUUUUGUGCGAGCGAGGGGCGGGGGAGACAUUCGGGAAGUGAACCUGAAUUCAGAGAACUGGGCCGUGGUGAAGGCUGCCCUGGUGGCUGGCAUGUAUCCCAACAUCAUCCAUGUGGACCGGGAGAACGCCUCCCUGGCGGGCUGUAAGGAGAAGAAGGUCCGCUUCCACCCCACCUCCGUGCUCAGCCAGCCCCAGUACAAGAAGAUCCCCCCGGCCAACAGUCAGGGCGCGGCCGUCCAGGCCCUGCCCACGGAGUGGCUGAUCUACGACGAGAUGACCAGGGCCCACCGGAUCGCCAGCGUAAGGUGCUGCUCCGCGGUCACGCCUUUCGCUGUGGCUGUGUUCGGAGGCUGCGCCAAGCUGCCCAGCACUGCCCUGCAGGAGCCGGCCGUCCAGAAAGCUGAUCCAGUGAAUGACACGAGUGACAGUGAGACAGAGGACCGCUCCGUCUCCCAAAGGGCGCAGAUGAAGAUCGAUGAAUGGCUGAACUUCAAACUGGACCGCGAGACGGCCAGCCUGGUGUUCCAGCUCCGGCAAAAGUGGCACGGCCUCUUCCUGCGGCGCAUCCGCGCCCCCUGCAAGCCCUGGUCCCAGGUGGACGAGGCCACCAUGCGGGCACUGGUGACCGUGCUGACGGCCGAGGAGCACGAGGCCGGCCUGCAGCAGCCGGCGGGCAUCGGCCAGAGGCCCCGGCCCAUGUCGAACGACGAGCUGCCGCAGCAGUCCUCCUGGAGGAACGCCAACAGCCGCAAGAGCUCCGCCGACGCUGAACUGGCCGACGACCAUCCCAUCGUGGACAGGCCUCUGAGGCUGUCGCCAUCCCUGGCACACCUGCAGUCCAAGGGACACAAGGAGAAGGGCAGCCUGCACCCCAAGCACCCAGGGGAUGACUGCUCAGACCAGCUGUCCGUCAGGUCCACUGACAGCAACAGCUGCACCAGUGCCAGCCCCUCUCCUCCCUCCUCUGGAAAGUGCUCCAAGUCACCGUCUCCAAGGCACAGUGCCCCGGUGCGCUACUUCAUCAUGAAGAGCAGCAACCAGCGCAACAUCGAGAUCUCCCAGCAGAAGGGCAUCUGGUCCACCACGCCCAGCAGCGAGCUCAAGCUCAACCGCGCCUUCCAGGAGAGCAGCAGCGUCUUCCUCAUCUUCUCUGUGCAGGGAUCUGGGCACUUCCAGGGCUAUGCCAGGAUGUGCUCGGACAUUGGACCGGAGCAGUGCCAGGACUGGGGCUUCAUGGGCCUGGGGGGCGUCUUCAAGGUAGAGUGGAUCCGCAAGGAGAGACUCCCCUUCCAGUUCGCCCACCAGCUGGUCAACCCCUGGAACGACAACAAGAAGGUGCAGAUCAGCAGGGAUGGCCAGGAGCUGGAGCCCCAGGCUGGAGGGCAGCUGCUGCAGCUGUGGGAUCGCCUGCCAGGGGGGAAACAGCAGCAUGAGGUUGAGAGCACCGCUGCUGGACCAAGGCCCUGAAGACAGAGUUCCUUGACUGAAAGACCAUGUUCCAUUGUCACAAA